AUGAACGUAUUUUCAAAAGAACUUUUUACACAUCUACAUAACGGGUGUGCGAGGGUCUACUCCAAUCGAAGUAUCAAAGAAACGGUGAGACUACUCAGCACCCCACCUACGAUAUGUCUUUUGCGGAUAUUGCUGCCACUACAGAUCGACGGGCAGACACGUUUAGCUUCACUGAAGCAGAGAGGAAAAAAGAUCCUCAGCGCAGCACAGAGCCUCCCUACAACACCAGUACCGAACAAUACAGAAAUACUUCAUUCCCUUGAACAACUGAAACGAAGGGAAGUAUCAUGGGGGCUACAUAUAGCCUCAUUAGCAGAGUAUGCCAAAGCACAACGAAUCCCACGUGGCCUGAGGGUUAUGCUGCAACCGGCCCUAUUCAAAGACAGCCAGGAGUUCAGACAGAAAUGGCAGGGGAUAUUAAACCGGUGCAGCCUCGAUCUGAUUGCCCUCACUAUUCAACAGCUACAGACGGGAUCCAAGGAGUUAAAACAACAAAUUCGGCUAAAGGAGGAGGAAUAUAUGGGCACUACAGAUACAAGCGACCAGACAUUACGAGAACUCGAGCACAAGAUGGAGCGGAUGCAGCAGGAGAUUCUCCAGAUCAAGCUGCUCAAGUUCAAGAGGGACACCAGAGACUACGAACAAGGAGAGGUAUAUACCUGGAAGGAGUCGCGGCGUGUGAAUCGCAGAGUGCGUACCUCCUCUGCUUUCUCCACCGACAGGGCCUCCGAGCAGUCAUCCGAUGCUGGACAUAUUUCAUCUGCCUCAUCACACGGAGUGUCAAUGUCUUUUUUAGGGGAAGGCCGCAAACGCCGAUACGCAAAACCAGGAGGGGACGCCGGCACUCAGCAAGGACCUACACCGAACAAACAAAAGAAAUCAACGCAGACUCGCAGAUAAGAAAAUUUCUUUGCCUAA